GCAGCCCAGAAGCCGCGGCGGCGACGACGACGGCGGCUGCUGCGGCCUGGGCGGGAGCGAGCGGCGGCAGCGGCGGCGGAGCGGGAGCCCCGGCACAGCGGCGGGAGCGGCGCCCGAGCCCGGCGAGCACCCCACUCCCAUCAUGCCGACGGUGGAGGAGCUUUACCGUAACUACGGCAUUCUCGCCGACGCCACGGAGCAAGUGGGCCAGCACAAAGAUGCCUAUCAGGUGAUCUUAGAUGGUGUGAAAGGAGGCACCAAGGAAAAAAGAUUAGCGGCACAAUUUAUUCCCAAAUUCUUCAAGCAUUUCCCAGAAUUGGCUGAUUCUGCUAUUAAUGCACAGCUAGAUCUCUGUGAAGAUGAAGAUGUGUCGAUCAGACGACAAGCGAUUAAAGAACUGCCCCAGUUUGCUACUGGAGAGAACCUUCCCCGAGUGGCAGACAUUCUGACUCAGCUUUUACAGACAGAUGAUUCUGCAGAAUUUAACCUGGUGAACAAUGCCCUGCUGAGUAUAUUCAAGAUGGAUGCUAAAGGGACCUUGGGAGGCUUGUUCAGUCAGAUUCUUCAAGGGGAAGACAUUGUCCGAGAACGAGCCAUCAAAUUCCUUUCCACAAAACUUAAGACUUUGCCAGAUGAAGUGUUAACAAAGGAAGUAGAAGAACUCAUAUUAACUGAGUCUAAAAAGGUGCUUGAAGAUGUGACAGGUGAGGAAUUUGUUCUCUUCAUGAAGAUACUCUCUGGGUUAAAAAGCUUACAGACAGUCAGUGGAAGACAGCAGCUCGUGGAGUUGGUGGCUGAACAAGCCGAUUUGGAGCAGACUUUCAACCCAGCAGAUCCAGACUGUGUGGACAGACUUUUACAGUGCACGAGGCAGGCAGUCCCACUCUUCUCUAAAAACGUUCAUUCCACAAGGUUUGUGACUUACUUCUGUGAACAUGUUCUGCCAAACCUCAGCUCCUUGACUACACCAGUGGAAGGCCUUGAUAUACAGUUAGAGGUUUUGAAACUCCUUGCAGAAAUGAGUUCAUUUUGUGGUGACAUGGAAAAAUUAGAAACAAACUUAAAGAAACUAUUUGAUAAAUUGUUGGAAUACAUGCCACUCCCUCCAGAAGAGGCAGAAAACGGGGAGAAUGCUGGCAACGAAGAGCCCAAGUUGCAGUUCAGCUACGUGGAGUGCUUGUUGUACAGUUUUCACCAGCUGGGCCGAAAGCUUCCAGACUUCUUGACAGCUAAACUGAAUGCAGAAAAACUGAAAGACUUUAAAAUCAGGCUGCAGUACUUUGCCCGAGGUUUACAGGUUUAUAUCAGACAACUUCGUUUGGCUCUCCAGGGGAAAACAGGUGAAGCCUUAAAAACAGAAGAGAACAAAAUUAAAGUUGUUGCUUUGAAAAUAACGAACAACAUCAAUGUUUUAAUCAAGGAUCUCUUUCACAUUCCUCCUUCUUACAAGAGCACAGUGACGUUGUCUUGGAAACCUGUACAGAAAGCUGAGAUGGGUCAAAAGAGGACAAGUGAAGAUACAACUUCAGGAUCACCACCCAAAAAAGCUGCGGCAGGACCAAAACGGGAUGCUAGACAAAUAUAUAAUCCUCCUAGUGGAAAAUACAGCAGCAAUCUGGGCAACUUUAAUUAUGAUGCGGUGUGAGAAAGGACUUGACCCCAGUUCUGACUCAAAGAUCGGCCCAUUAUCCAGUACAUCAGGUUACCUCUCUGAAAUACAAGGAAUCGUGAGGCUUUCUGUAAAGCCCUUCACAUUUCAGAGUUUUUCAGUGCUAUCAGGUUGCAGAUAUGUUUUUCUUUGAGAUUUGAACACUUUGCUAAUAUCUUUAGCCCACUUGUUCUACUCAAAACAGCUCUUAAUAAAGUACAAAUGAAUAGAUAAAUAUUUUAGCACACCCUUAUUUUUCCCACCUGUUGUUCUUGCUCUUACCUUGGGGAUUUUUGGUGUAUAUUAAAUCCUAUUCUUAUUAAUUUGAAUUCAUGAAACUGUUACAUAUGUGCCACUGUAUCUUUUUUGAAAGGCUAAUGGUUUUUUGAUGCCCAUUGAAUAUUAAAUAUAGAAGUAAUUUUAUAGUACCCAAAGUAUUUCAAUUUCUGAUUACCAGUUGAUGUUAGGCCAACUAAUUGUGCACAAAUAAAGUGGCACACUGUGUAUUACAACUUCAUUAUAUAGUGAUAAAACUAAGGUCAGUCUUCUGCAUCGGAGGGCAUGUUACCUAUUCUCCGCACGGGAUACUCCAUUCUUAUGGGGCCUACCUUCCAGUUCUGCACUCAGAACCAGUGUUUCUUCCCUGUUUGCUGUACUACAAAUGCCUGAACGAGAGCUAAUUCAUUGUUCGAUUUUUCGUAGAGCAGAGAGGGGGCUUCAGGGGAAGUAGAGGUGGCCGAGGUUGGGGAGGACGAGGAAAUCGUAGUCGGGGAAGACUCUACUGAACACAUCACAUUCUUCAGCGCUGUCACAAGCUUAAAACACUCUUAACCUACCACUCAUUGGGUUGCUGGGAAUAGCCCUUUAAAGACUGCUGCCUUCAGGUAAAGACUUCAAUGUUCUUUAUGCCUUUGUAUGUCUGAUCUACUUUUCUAACGGAAUACAGAUGUGUCCAAGGAGAAAUCACAGCUGUAUUUUUGGAUGCUUUGUCAGCAAACUUGCAUCUUUUGCAGUGUCUUCAGGGUUUAUUCAAACUUGGAAACCACAGUGUAUGUGGGUGCUCCUAAAACACCUUGGCAGUUUAUAUAUUAACCAGAGAGCUGUUUGUGGCUACAACAUGUAAUAUAAUGUAGAGUCUGCUUUGAUAACUGAUAGAAAGGAUUAUCCAUGAAGGCGGCUCACAUCAGUUAUGAUGUGGUAAUGGUUUUCCUCUCCCCUCCAUCCUCCUCCCACCCAAUAUAUGGAGAAGAGUGUGCUAGUCAAUGUUCACGUUCUUGUUACUUUUCUUUCUUUGAACUGAGCUGCCAGUCACUGGUGCAGCCCUACUGAUUUCUCUGUCAUCAAAGGAAAUAUUUACCAGCUUUUUCUUAAAUGCAGGCAUUGAUUUAGUUAAUCUCUGGGAAUGACAUUAAUGGGGCAAAGGAAUUUGCUUUUACACUGCUUACAUAACUCUUCUCCAUGUGUUGUGAUGCAAACUUGUUUGGAAUAUGGGGUUUUAAUGUUCAGUAUAAAAAUAUGUGUGUGCACAUAUAUAUAUAUGCUGUGAAACAUUACUAUACAAAACAAAUCAAUAAAAAAUAGAAACACUCCAGGAAUGGGUAGUCUAUGACGCAGUGAUUGUCCUCUUUUGGAGUAAGUUGGUCAACUUUUUUCCCCAGCAGUGAGAGGUUGUGAGUCAGCUUGCACUUAACAUUAUUGUUAUUUAAAAAUAAAACUACAAAAAGGCUGCAUAUUACAAAAACGAACCGUAUUUUAGAGAGCCGUUUUGGAAAAAUAGAACCAAAUGCUAAAUCUGACUUGAGAAUAGCAUCCUUCACAGUGUGGGUGAUGUAACCUAGGAUUCUGUUGACCAGAGCUUCCCAGGAAAAAUUAUUUCAAGAGUGGGUAAUAAGGAAAAGAUGCUCUCUUCGUUUUGCUUUGCCACUUGUGGAAUUUUAACUUCUCAGGUUAAUCAAAAUUCAAAUUAAAUACAGAAUAAGUUAUAGAACAGUGGAUGAAGCAGAUCUUAGGUGACAUCACCAGAAGUGAGUUUGAGUGGUUUUCAAAUGUCAUAGGUAUUUUUUAAUAGCAUAGGCUUUUUCAUAUUUUUUGGUUCAGCAGUUAGUCUCCCCAUUCCCUAGUUUUCACCCCCAAAUCAAAUGCCUGGAUGACAUUUUCUAGGUAUUUUCAUGUCUCUGUGGGGGGAAUGGUUUGUGAUUCCAAUGCAGGUGUCUUCAUUAAUGUUCAUUGUUGUGCUUUAGUAGUUAUCACUGCAUUGGGGAAAAAGUAAAGCCCCCUUGUUGGUACUACUGCACAUUCUCAUGGAAAAAAAAGUAUUUUUUAAAGGCUAGAAUAAUGAUAACAAGUGAGCAGAGGUAAUUGAUCAGUUUGGACUGGUGGCAAUAAUAUUCAAACAUUCCAUAAGCUUCUGAAUUGAAUCUAAGCUCACUUGGAAUCUGGACAUAGGAAUAGGUACAUGCCAUUGAGAAAGAUGUGACCUGCUAGUCUGGCCCUUGGAUUUCAGACCAGCAGGUAGCCUAAAGGCCAUUUUGAAUGUAGAAACUGUAUUGGGACUACAUCUUUGUAAAUUUGGACAUUUUUAUUAUUUUCUUCUAUUGAUUUGAAGUACAUGUUUAGAUCCUUAGAACUGAGCAUAAGUGAUUUUGUUCGCUGAAGUCUGAUGUUGGUUUGGCUGUUUUCCUCUCCAUUCUCCUAUACCACUAUUAGUAUUUCCCUACCCUGUAGUCCUUCCAGAGGCAAUAGUGUAUACUAUAGGAGGGUUAUUUUUGCUCCAAAAUUGAGAAUGAAAACUUCACACUUGUGAUUAUUUCCCCUUUUUACAGACACCUGUUUAUCAUCUUGUUGAAAUGUAAAUGUUCCCCUAUGCUUUUGGAAUAAAUUCAUUUUGUAAUUUUG